CGGAUUUCGAAACAGAGUCGCUUAGCUUUGACAGCGAAGACCAGUUUCUUGCUGCGGACUCUCCUCGACCAGAAAAGCGUCGGCGCCUAGAAGAAGAGGGUGAUUACACUAACGAUGAGGAUGGACGCUCGGAAUCAUUAUCAUCCGUGGGCCUGCCAUCGCCGCGUCGUGCCUCGUUCCAAGGACAAGACAAUGGACACCAGGGAUCCAAAUACAAGGUCUUCGUACCGAAGCGCCGCAGCGUCCAAGAGAAUAUCUUUGUCACGCAGCUGACCCAGCCUCCUUCGAGCCCGGAGAGAAUACGGGGCCCGCGAUGGAAGAAGCCAGAUCCAGUAUCUACCAGCACCAUGUCCGAUCGGAUAGAGUCUCGCGACGAAAACGACGAUGACGAGUAUGAUGGUGACGAAGAGCUUAAAGCCGCUAUAGCUGCGUCGUUGGAUUCAUUUCAGCAGGAAAGUUCUGCGGGGAACCUCGGAAACACCGUAUCUAGGGACUUUGCACCACAAUCGGUCCAAGACUCUGCUGGAGGGCAAAGUAAUGACCGGGCUUCUACCCCAUUUGACAUUGGAGAUAUACCAGAGGACGCAUUCGAUUCUUCGCCAUCACUGUCACCGCCCUCUCGUCCUGCUCAGAUUAGUUUCAAUAAUGCUACUCCGUCUACAGCGAGAUCUGGGCGUCUUCGUCAAAGAACCCUAUUUGACAUGGUCACGCCAAAUUCAAACAGCCCAGCACGGAGUGAGGCAGAGGAAUCGCCUGCUCAGGAUGAACCCUCUACACAUCAUAAGCUAGAUCGCGAAGCUAUUAAGACGUGGGUCUACCCGACGAACUUGGGAAAGAUUAGGGACUACCAAUUCAACAUUACGCAGAAGGGUCUCUUUCACAACUUGUUAGUUGCACUGCCGACCGGUCUUGGGAAGACGUUUAUUGCCGCCACGAUCAUGCUUAAUUGGUUUCGCUGGACGAAGGAUGCUCAAAUAAUUUUUGUGGCGCCAACAAAGCCUCUUGUGGCCCAACAAAUCUCUGCGUGUUUUGAAAUUGCGGGUAUACCCCGUUCAUGGACAACACUGCUCACUGGAGAGACGGCCCCAGGAAUUCGGGCCGAGGAAUGGCAGACUAAGCGCGUAUUCUUCAUGACUCCCCAGACAGUUAUCAACGACCUCAAGACUGGAAUAGCGGACCCAAAACGUAUCGUCCUGCUUGUGGUAGACGAAGCCCAUCGAGCCACUGGCGGUUAUGCGUAUGUGGAAGUCGUCAAGUUCCUUAGGAGGUAUAAUAAAAGCUUUCGGGUCCUCGCCCUUACAGCGACCCCGGGAUCUAUGCUGGAAUCAGUGCAAGAAGUCAUUGAUGGAUUGGAUAUAUCGAAAGUUGAGAUUCGUACCGAGCAGUCUCUUGAUAUCCGAGAGUACGUCCAUGAUAGACGCAUUGAGGUGGAGACGUUUGAUAGCUCUGACGAAAUGAAUCUGUGUAUGGAUCUUUUUUCGGCUGCCUUGCAACCGCUUGUCGACCAACUCCGAACACUUAAUGCUUAUUGGGGAAGAGACCCGAUGGCUCUCACUCCUUACGGUCUUACCAAGGCUCGGCAGCAGUGGAUGGCGUCUGAUGCUGGUAGAAAUGCCAGCUUCGGUCUGAAAGGCAAAGUAAAUGCUAUAUUUACUCUUCUUGCGAGUUUGGCUCAUGGUAUUGACCUGCUUAAGUACCACGGGAUAACCCCCUUUUAUCGACAUCUUGUACAUUUUAAAUCCAACUCAGGGAGUGGCAAAUACCAGCGAGAGAUCAUCAACGAUGAUAAUUUCAAGAAGUUAAUGAACCAUCUUGAACCCUGGAACAAAAACCCAGAGUUCAUCGGGCACCCAAAGUUGGAGCAUCUCAAGCAAGUCGUUUUAAACCAUUUUAUGGAUGCAGGCGAUGGGCUCGACCAGAGUGACAAACCUUCUCAGUCGAACACGAGAAUCAUGAUCUUUGUACACUUUCGGGACAGUGCUGAAGAAGUGACGAGGGUUUUGAAAAGAUAUGAACCGAUGAUCCGGCCUCAUGUAUUCGUCGGCCAAACCAGUGCAAAGGGGUCAGAUGGGAUGGACCAGAAGACCCAGCUCAGUGUUGUGGAAAAUUUCAAGAAGGGAGUUUAUAAUACCAUCGUCGCAACGUCAAUCGGCGAGGAAGGUUUAGACAUUGGCGAAGUUGAUCUCAUUGUGUGCUACGAUUCGUCUUCUUCGCCAAUUCGGAUGUUACAGCGGAUGGGACGAACAGGACGCAAGCGAGCGGGAAAUAUAGUGUUACUCCUGAUGAGGGGGAAGGAGGAGGACUCAUACUUCAGAGCAAAGGAUAACUACGAGAAGAUGCAGCAAUUAAUUGCCAGCGGCUCUCGGUUCACAUUCCACGAGGAUCGGUCUCCGCGUAUCCUACCCCGUGACGUGAAGCCCAUUGCCGACAAACGAAUGGUCGAUAUACCAGUAGAAAACUCCCAGCAGCCAGGCUUACCGGAGCCAAGAAAGAGAGCACGCCCACCGAAAAGGCCACCGAAGAAAUUUCAUAUGCCAGACAAUGUCGAAACCGGAUUCACCAAGGCCUCUCGGCUCACCGGGGCCAAUGGCAUGGGGCCAAAGAGCAAAAACAAAACGACAACAAGAGCUUGAAGUCCACUACCGAAGGGUUGGGGGCACCGCUCCGCAGACAAUUAGCUUGCCGCGGAAUGACUCCUUCCCUCACUUACAACGGAUUGCAAGGCCUACCAAGAUGGUCAGGCAUGGCUCGGUUACCCGUCGCUUGAUCGACACUUUACAAAGAAUGGAGAAAUCCAGCGUGAAUUGCGAGGAAUACUACAAACGGAUUCUAGCUCGCGAAUCAAGUCUCCUGGCGAAUCGCUCCUCGGGCACUCAUAGUAUGAAAGCUCCUUUGGGCGCCCCCUCAUCACGACAGGCUGCCAAAUCCGGGACGAGUUUUUUGCAUAAGUCUAAGCGGACAGAUAUAGUCCCGGGCAACGAUGACAGUGAUGCAGAAUCGCUACCUUCGCUGGCACUGUCACAGUUGGGGAACAAAGAGGCUCAGAAGCAGCCCCAUGCGUCUCAAUUGAGUUGUGGUGGUUUUGGCACGGAUGAUGACCUCCCUGAUGUUAACUCGCUUAUAAAAGAGAUCACCCAUGAGCACAAGUCGUUGGGCAGGAGGAACAGAGCGGUAGUUGAUGACAGCGACGAAUGAGCCACGACAUGAGUUGGAUUUGCUGGAUAUUUACAUUCUUUUGGACACGAUGCUUAGACACAUGCUCUGUAAAAACUUAAUGACCACUUGAAAUCCUGGAAAUGAAACCAUGACA